UAUUAUCAAUUCCCAAGAGACAAAAUAAAGUAAGGGUAGCAAAAUUAUAGUAAUAUAUACUAUACUACACACUUUCACUAAAACAAGGCCGUUUCACGCCCUAGAAAGUUUCAUUAGCCCCAGCUGUGUACAGUUGCACACCAAACAAACAAAACCAAACCAAACCCAACCCACCCUUUAGAUAUUCCCUAGUGUCACCUUUGUGUUAAACUUCCAACUCCACUCUUUUUUUUCUUCUUCCUCUUUCCUCAGCCAUUACUCUCUCUCUGACACCUACCUGUGUCUCUUCAUUAUUUUUCUUCUGCCUUCAAACAAAGUGAUGAAAGAGGUGACGGUUGAAGCUGAAGGAGGAGCACCAGGAGUGGUGCAAGAGGGUGGAAAAGGAACCACGGUUAGGCCAGACAUACACAACAGUGCCAUGAAAAUUUUGAGGGCUAGAGAGCCUUAUAAUGGGUACACUGAGGAAGUGGGAGAGAAGCCCUCAGGGUUUGAGGUUAUGGGGUGGUACCUUUAUGAGUUUUGCUUCUACUUUGUUCAAACUGUGCUUGUUCCUGUUGUGUUCCCUCUCAUUAUCAGUCAGCUACAGCCUCUCCCUGCUGCAGAUUCACUUCAGGAAUGGAACAAAAACCACCCAACCAAGCACUGCUCACAAAAGGAAUUUCAUCUGUAUAGCAAACUGACAAAUCACACCAUAAGAACCAGUGGUGCAUCAAACUUCUCUGCUCUGGAGUGGACAUCAAUUGCUUGGGCCACAGGACUAGCCCUGGCUGCUCCAAUCCUUGGCUUCAUUUCCUUCCACCUUGAUGGCCACUUCCCAAAGCUCAUCACAGCAGCAGCCACAGGCAUUGGAGUGUUCUUCUGCCUUCCUGCAGGCUUCUUCAAGGUCACAGCCAUCUUCAUUCCCUACAUUGCCGGCAUUGUCGCGGCCAGCACGGUGGCCAGCGCUGCUCACACCCACCACCUAGGCCUCAUGAUCCGCUGCUUCACAGGACCAACCCUAAAAAGAAGCGAAUUCUCCAUCAGGCAAGCAGUCUCCAGCAGGCUCUCCCUCCAUGCCACGGCGGCUGGAUGCCUCGGAGCAGCCUUAAUUUCAUCAUUCACAUACCAUAUGCUCCGGGAACUCAACUACAACGACCGCGACGUGAUGAGUCUCUGGGUUGUUUCAAUCUUCAGUGGCCUAAUUUGGCUUGUUGGGGUUUUGCACAUUGUCACAGCCAUAGGAAGAACCACUGAUUCCAUCUCAUUCUCCUCAAGGCUCCACCCUUUCUCCAUCUUCAAGUACCCUCAUGCAAUUGGAGGCCUUGCAGGGGUUUUCCUCUCCUCAUUCACCACCAUGUCAAUUUUCACUGGAGGAGUUAUUUUCAUAGUGGGACAACUCUGCAUUAAGCCACUGCACUUGCUCUAUCUCUGGCUAACCUACUUCCUUUUUCCUCUUGUUUCUUUGUCACUGCUACAACCCUUGUUGCACGUGAUCAAGAUGAAUUCUGUGAAGAUGCAAAUUGUGGGGUUUCUUUUGUCACUCUUGUCAUCAGGGUUUGGAUUCUACUACGGCCACAGUCACUGGAAAUGGGGCCACUUGGUGCUAUUUGGUGCAGUUCAAAGCACAGCCACAGGGAUUUUAUACGCUUUUGGAAGGCUCUUGGUGUUGGACUGUGCUCCCUCUGGCAAAGAAGGUGCGUUCUCCAUUUGGUAUGCUUGGAUGAGAGCUGCAGGGCUGUGCGUGGGGUUCACGGUGGGGUCGGUCGCGCCGGGACGAGUUAGGACCUCGUUUGGAGUUGCGUUUUGCACUGCCAUUGCUGGAAUUGUGGUACUGCUUUUCGGGAACAUCAGUGAUGUUGGUGGUGCUGUUGCUGCGGGGCACGUUAGAGAUGAAUGCGAGAGAAGUUCGGCUGUGCUGCCUGGCUUGGAUUCUAAGGAAUCUGCACGCGUUUGAAUAAUGGAAACUGGAAAAUGAAGAAGAUUAUUAUUGUUGUUGUCUUGUGGGUCAUAUGAUUCUUUGCAAAAUGAUGUUAAUGCAUGCAAGAGUAGUAUUAUAAGGUUUCUUUUUAUGAUUGAUUUUUAGAUGUAUUCUGGUAGUUAGUUUUACUGUUGUUGUGCAUGCAUAUGAUGUUUGGUCUCUGUUGAGGAUUUGGGUGCUGCUGCUGCUGGCUUGUGUAACUGUCUUAGUAUUUUGUCAUAUUUGUUUCUCUUAUACAUCAUUUCUGCCUAUAAAUCUACGUGCGUGCUCAUGCAAAUUGCCUAA